CGGCGUCCUGGGCUGGGCGCGGGCGGGAGCGCCCGCCGUCCAAGCCCCUCGGGCAGAGGGCAGCGGCAGAGGGGCGCGGGCAGCUCCGAGCGCCGGGGCCGCACUCUCGCCUCCGAGACCCGCCGCGCAGCCCCCGAGGGUGCGGCGGCGGCGGCCGGCGGCCCCGCGCAGGCAGAGAGGGAGCGGCGGGGCGGAGAGGCGCCGCGGGGCCGGCCGACUCCGGUAGUCCGGCCCGGCCACCCGGGUCUCUCCCCUCCGCCCGGGACAGCGGCCGACCGGACGCCCGCGGGCCGGGGCUGCAUGGGGCUCCCGCGCGGGCCGCUCUUCUGGCUGCUGCUCCUGCUCACCGCUGCCUGCUCGGGGAUCUUCGUCGCCCUGUACUCCUCGGCGGUGGAGUCGUACCCGGAGCACAGGUCCGGAGCCAGGAACAGCACAUCAUCUCGAGCUUUCUUGGGACCCAAGGCAUCGAAUUUCUGGAUGAGCAAGAGCACAUCCUGCCGACACCCACUUUAUCCCGCCAUUCAGCGGCACCCCCACUUCAGGGCCCUGUUCGAUCUCUCCACUCCAGUGCUGCUGUCCGGGGGCCUCUUCACCCAGGAGCUCUGGGACCGCCUGGGCCAGCACAAAGCCCCUUAUGGCUGGCAGGGGCUCUCCCGCCAAGCCAUCGCCUCCACCCUGGGCCUCCUGAACGGCUCUGAGAGCUCCAGGCUGUUCGCCGUCUCCAGGCAGCGGCUUCCGCGCUGCAUCCGGUGUGCUGUGGUGGGGAACGGGGGCAUCCUGAAUGGUUCCCGCCAGGGUCAGAACAUCGAUGCCCACGACUACGUGUUCAGACUCAACGGUGCUGUGACCAGAGGCUUCGAGGACGACGUGGGCACCAAGAUCUCCUUCUACGGCUUCACCGUGAACACGAUGAAGAACUCCCUCCUCGCCUACGCCCACCUGGGCUUCACCUCCGUGCCGCAGGGACAGGACCUGCGCUAUAUCUUCAUCCCCUCGGACAUCCGAGACUACGUGAUGCUGAGAUCGGCCAUUCUGGGCGUGCCGGUCCCCGAGGGCCAUGAUAAAGGGGACAGGCCGCAGACCUACUUUGGACCAGAAGCCUCCGCCAGCAAAUUCAAGCUACUCCAUCCAGACUUCAUCAGCUACCUGAGAGAGAGGUUUCUGAAGUCCAAGUUGAUCAAUACAAAAUUUGGAGACCUAUAUAUGCCUAGUACUGGGGCCCUCAUGCUGCUGACAGCUCUGCAUACCUGUGACCAGGUUAGUGCCUAUGGCUUCAUCACAAGCAACUACUGGAAAUUUUCUGACCACUAUUUCGAGCGAAUAAAGAAGCCGCUGAUAUUCUAUGUGAACCACGACCUGUCCCUGGAAGCCACCUUGUGGAAGGACCUGCAUGAGGCCGGCAUCCUCUGGCUGUACCAGCGCUGACCCAGAGGCCCCCACCCCCCCAAGAUCUUUGCUCCUGCAGAGCUGUGGCCCCUGGCCCCUCAAGUGGCCAAAAUUGCCUGCUUGUUUUUUUCAGCCUGAAGGGCUCCAACCAUCUUCAACAUCCUUCUCCCCUCCAGAGGACAGAGUGGAUCUCUAACUGUCACUGAAACGUGUCUCGGGGACAUCCCACCUUGUCCUUGGCCCAAGACUCCCCUCUGGUCUGAGAGAGACAGCCCAACCCGGUCAAGGAACAAUGGACUGACUGCUCUGCCGCAAGACACCACUCAAGAUGAGACUGUGGCCCUCGUGGGCAUGAGGCACAGGCAGAGGCACUCCGGAGCUAAGCAUUUCCAAGGCAGCACUGGCCCUGAGUGACAGCAGGAAUCAGGGUCUCAGGUAACAGAUGAAGCAGAAGCACAUGCACACUCCCAGCCCUAAUCCUCCCACCAGCACAUCCAGCCUCACAAACUCAAGGACAAUGUCUUAACAGCCCGAGAAGAGGACCGUCUUACUUCUGCCCCAUGAUAAAGUGGGAGCACAAGAGGCAGAAUGUGAUUUGCAACUAGGUAAUUGCAUAAAUGGAUGACCACUGUCUCUGUGUGUUGGGGAAAGGUGUGUACCAUGCAGGAUGUUUAGCAUGGAGCAUUCAGCAUUCAAGAACCAAAGUGAGUUCCCGUCGUGGUGCAGCAGAAGCGAACCCGACGAGGAACCAUGAGGUUGCAGGUCCAAUCCGUGGCCUCCCUCAGCAGGUUAAGGAUCCGGCGUUGCUGCAAGCUGUGUAGGCUGCAGACGUGACUCGGAUCUGGCGUGGCUGUGGCUGUGGCAGGCAGCUGUAGCUCCGAUUAGACCCCUAGCCUGGGAACCUCCACAUGUGGUGGGUGCGGCCCUCAAAGACAAAAAACCAAAAAACCCCCUUAAGAACCACAGGAAGGUUCUGGUAUUUGAUGUAAGUCAACUGUGCAGAAGGCUACUUGCCUCUGAUUAAAGUCCCACUGGAGAGCUAUUA